AUGUCAAUAAAAAUAGUGUUUUAUGAAGCUGGAUGUUAUCAUAUUGGUGACUAUAUUUGUAAAGCGAUAUACCUUGAUAAAGACGGCCUUGAAAGGCUGACAGAGGUUCGUGAAUAUAUGAACAUAAUAGCAUUAAAGAUAGAUUAUUCGAAGUUAAUAUUAAGUCCCCAAUACAAUGAGGGAUAUGGUGCAUAUGAGUCUGUCAAUCCUAUAGGAUCUCGGGUUACACUAACGUGUUUUGCUGGUGGACCAGAGAAUGUAAACUUUACUUGGAAGUUUGGCAAAGCUAGUUCUGAUGUGAACAGCUUACAGAAUUAUCCUGAAGAUGGUGAUAUAACGGUUGAAAAAUACGCAAAUUUAAUCACGAAUGAGUGUAAUUGGUACUUCCGUUACUCAUAUCUGAGUUUUCAAAUAAACGACACGUAUGAUAAUUAUAGUUACGUGUGUGUAGCUACAGUAAACAAUCAAGAUACAACAGUUGGGAGAAUGACAAUACAUGCAAAGAAAUCAAUUCUAAAUCCAAUCGUGAUUGAGGAAGGGAAUCAAUUUUCUGUGAAAUGUGACUCGUCAUUGGCUGGAGUUCCAACUAGUUAUGCUUCUGUUGUAUCUUUGGAAAUUACAUGGACGAAUGGGACAGAGGAACCAAUAACGUAUGCAAACUACAGCCUUCUACCACAACCAAACAAUUUUUCUUUUACACCGAAUUCAAGACACUGGAAAUUUAAUUUUAAGAGCGGCAUAACAGGACCAUCAGUUGAAAUAGACGUCGACGAUGCUAUGUGUUCAGAUGCUGGCUGGUAUUUGUGUACUGCCACUUACAUAGAUGAUUCAAGCAACAGUGAGGUUUUAACAUCCCAGAAUCAAAGUGUCGCAAGUUUACCCCGUGCAGUUCCUGUGUCCCUGACUUUAGUUCCCCAGUAUAACGAAGGCCUCGGACCUUUUGAGUCAGUCAAUCCUGCAGGGUCUAAUGUUGUAUUGACAUGUAAUGUGACGGGUAGAAAAGAGUUGUCCAUUAAUUGGAAGUUUGGCAAUUCGAGUAAUAAUGUUUACAGUAUCUCACUAUAUCUUGCAACAAGCGACACAACAGAUUUUGAACCAGUGCAAAUCAGUUCGGGGACAGCCUGUGUCCAGUACCUUCAUUCCUCAACACUGAAUUUUACAACAGAACAGAAGUUUAGUGGCUACAUGUAUAUGUGCGAGGCAACAUCUAACAGUGAGGUCAUAUAUGUUGGCAAUAUGACGAUACAAGUUACAUCAACUCCAGAAAGCACCACACCCGCUGUGAACGUCUACAGUAAGGAUAUCGUCAGCACCAGUGUUAUCGUGGAGGGAGGAACUUUUACUGUGACAUGUGAUGCGUCACGCGCUGGUGUUCCACCAAAUAUUUCCACAGUUUCUAAUUUGUUUAUUGGUUGGACAAACGGGACAACACCACCAAUAAUCUACGCCGAAUACAGGACAUUUAUUAAACCAUAUAAUACCUUGUACCCCCCACUGACGUCUCCCCCAAGGAACUGGACUUUCAUAUUCAGUGGAAACCAACAAAAUACAAGCGAUAAACCAAAUAACAGAGACACAAUGAAAAUACUGAUUACAGUUUAUGAUGCUAACAAAGCAGACGAAGGAAUAUAUUUUUGCAACGCAAGUUAUUUGGAUGAAAAUGAUCAUGAAACAACUGCUUACAAAUCCCAACGUGUAAAAAACGAAACCACAACAGAAACUAGCGACUACAGCUUUCUGUACUACGUCAUCCCAGUCGCAGCAGUUGUUGUUGUUGUGGGUGUUGUUAUUGCAACGGUUUGCUUUGUGAAAGUACGCCGUGAUAGAGCAAGAAAGAGAAGAUUUGAUCUCAGGACCCUUCCAGCAAUCAGAGCAGUUUCUGUGUCUCCACCAAUGGACAGUAGCGGGUAUCUGUUACCUGUCGACCCCAAUGGGGGGUACGCCCAGAUUUCAGAUGUAGCAAUAUACGAAAGUUCAGCUAACUACUACAGUUCUAUCAAUGAAUUAGAGUUUAUCAAGGAAAGUGACGAGCAAUCAGAGAAUACAAAUGGCCUUGAGCUGUACCAAGAGGGUGAUAUGGACACUCUUUCUGGACGUGAUACUAACGAGGAUGUUCAAGUUGACACUAAAAGGGAUGGUCAACUUGACACUAAGAGGGAUGGUCAACUUGACAUUAAAGCAGACACAUUAAUGGCCAUUAAGACACGUAAACAACUUGAUAUUCAGACUAAUGUACAACCAGAUACUAAGACAGACAAGGAUCUAGACAAGGACAGACAAAACGAUUCUACACCAGCCGAUGACUUGAACGACUACACGAAGCUCUACGACACUCCUGAAAAUGUUUAUUCACCAGAUGUAAACAAAUAUUCGACUCCUAAUUUUGAAAGCGUUAUUUAAUUACCAGUAAACGAAAACUAUUGUUUUGUUUACUGUUAGAUGUAUUGCAUGAUUAUAUAACUAUUAAAAAAUGUCAUAAGAGAUUAUUUCAACGAGUUUUAUACAUGAGUUUAGAAAAAGAUUCUCUCCUAUGACAUUGAAACAGUGUCUUACACAAUUAUGUUAGUUUUAUACAGGAGUUAAAAAAUAACGAUAAUCUCUUUAAUAGUUAUAUUGAUCCACGAAUAAUCAUGUCAGGAUAAAUUAUCUUAGACAACAUAUCACAAAAUAACCAUGUCGAGGACAGAAUAUCUCGAGAAAAAUUCUUAUAGUAUUUUAAUAAAAUUUUAGAGCUACAAAAAUCAGUUUUGUAACAUCACAUUUUUUAUUUUUGUAUCAUAAUCAAUUUGUUUGUUUUUUUACAUACUUUGUAUAUUUACAUACUUAAGUACAUAUAGUUAAGUAAAGAAUCCUCUAGAUCAAGGGGUCUCCAAACUUUUCAGCC